AUGCCAGCCUUAUCUGGAGUGCUCACCGCAAUCUGGCACAGACCAGUUCAUCUUUUCAGCAUGCUCUCUUCCGGAGUGAAAUUUGCCUGGGCAAACAUGUUCUACUUCACAAACCUGCUUGAAUCCUGGAAAGCGUCCUCAUCUGCAUCAGGUGGCGGACAGUCGCCAGCUUUUCAGGCUACCAAUGAAAUUAUUUCGAACUACCAGAGCAUGAUGAUUAAAUCGAACUCUGGAAAAAUGGAGGAUACCGCGUCGUGCAAGCCCAGUUCAGCAGAUCCAAUUCAAGACGUUGUCGCAGCCGAGAUGAACUUUGGGAUAUCUUACAUCAGAGACUACCACGGCAUUGAGAUCACAGAGGGCCAGUUUUGUAUCCUAUUUACAGCUCGUCUCCAGCGUCUCCCCGACAAGCUCUAUCUCAUAUCCUGCCCGCAAUUGAUUCACGCACCUAAUUUGACUUCUGAUAACCGGGAAUUACUUCGAGUCAGACUCGAUGCUGCUGCAGACUCAAUACGAAAAGAAGAGUGGGACAAGCUCAAGAGUCGUUACGACAUUGUCAAAAAGGAGUGGUUUAUUGUUUCCGAUGAGUAG